AUGCGCCCUAUCGCAUCACAGGGCCUGCGGCCUAUUCUCGGUGCCCUCGCACACACACCCCUGUCGGUCUCUACUAUUUCUACUCGCAUCCCCUCCUCCCGUUUCUUCUCAACACGGCUCUUCAGCUCGCGAUCUCUCAACUCGGCCUCACCUCUGCCACGACCAGCGCGCAUCCUCACCCAAACACACUUUGUCCGCCAAAACUCUACUUCAUCUCCAUCCCGCCCUCUCACAGAGAAACCCAGUGGCCAAACGGAAACCGACGCUGAGCGAGAAAAAGCCAAUGAAGAGCGCCGCAAGAACGAAGAGGCCUACUGCAUCGCAUUUACCUGCAAGCCAUGUGGUCACCGCUCUACGCACCGCAUGUCUAAGCAGGGCUACCACCGUGGCACAGUUCUGAUUCAGUGCCCUUCAUGCCAGUCGCGCCAUGUCAUGAGUGAUCACCUUGGCAUCUUCUUUGAUAAGAAGACUACUCUGGAAGAUAUCUUGCAGGAGAAGGGCCAGACCCUGACACAUGGCUACACGGAUGGCAAUAUGGAGUUUUGGGAUGAUGGCACGGUUAAGAGUUUUGAUUUGGAGGGGGUGAGAAACUGGGCUCGUCUGGCAAUGGUCAAUCCUGAAAUUUGGAUAUUGGGGUUGGAUUUCGCUUUUUUUUCCCUGGCGCAUAAGAUGGACCCGAUUGAGUCGGAGCUUUAUUCUCUGUGCUUCGAUGGUUACUCUCCACUCUGGCAGGAUCCAGGCAGGCGAGACGGAAAGGGAUCUUCGGGGGUAUACAUCGCAGAUGUCCUGUCCUGCAUACUUCCCCCAUGUAACAAUAGUAUCAAAGGUUUUGUAUACUAG